UUUAAUAUGCCUAUGCCCUAUAUGCUAAAUUGGAUGAGGUGAUUAUGGUAAUUACACAUUUUAUCUACUUGACACGAAGAAAGUAAAGAGCCACUGCAGAAUUCUUUGUGCUCGAGUUAAAGGAACAUUAGCACAAAGAUAGACUGCACUCGAGUGCACUUUCAGAGCUCAAUCGUCUGAGUCUCUAGAAAACUCCGUUGGCAUGAAUUAUGCUGGAUUUCAAAAGUCUUAGCCUAUUUUCUGGAGUAGUGCAAUUUUUUGUGACGAUGCGUUAAAAAUUGGACCAUAGAAUUUCAGUUUUGUAAGUAUAUCAAAGAUGGACAUAAUUAUUCCGAACGAAAUUGAAAUUUUAAUUUGAAGUUCAGACUAUGUAAUUAUAAAUUUCCACUAAAUAUAAAACAGUUCCAUAAAUAUCAACAACACCACCACGUAAUCAUAUAAACAAAAGCACUCGUGUUCUUGGUAAACAUAAACUUGAAACCGAAGGAUAUAAAUAAAAUCCAAUUUUGAACAUCUGUCUGCGUCGCUGUCUUGGAAGUGUGGUAUGUUAUUGUCCAGUUUUAUACGUUGAGUUCAGACGGGACUUUCCGAGGUCAUGAAUCACUUAACAGGUAAUUAAUAAUGAAUGUUACGUUACUAAUAAAGCUAUUUUUCCACAAAUGAAUUGUUACGUACGCGGUGCGAUUGACGAGAAUUAGUAACAAUUUUGCGCAGUUAUCUUUCUGUUCCUGCAAAUGUCCACUCGUCUUUAAAACAAGUUUUUGGCAAUCUUCAAAUCAUUUACUCGUAAAAUAAUAUUAAAUGAAAUAUUACCCAAUGUUAUCACUUAAAUUAUUUUAAGGUGUGUAAAGUCCAUUGCACUCAUAUUUUCGUUGAUAAAACGCACUCCAUAUACAUAUAUAGUAUACAUGCAUACAAAUUUUGUUACAGACAUUAGCCAUACAGAAGGCUAUGAAUGCGGUCGAAACACCGGUCAAAGAGAAACAUGUACGCAGCGCUAUCAUCGGUACCUUCCAGGAACAGAGUGCCAUCACGUAUUGGAUGGUGGCCAUACGACAGCCCCUACAAGACAACCGAAUUGUGGCAUGGAAAUUCUGUCACGUGACCCACAAGUUGCUCCGCGAGGGGCACCCUGCGUGUCUCGAUGACUCGCAGCGGCACAUUGGAAUGAUCGAGAAUUUGGGGAAGUUAUGGAUGCAUCUCCGCGAAGGCUACGGCAGACUGAUCCAUCUCUAUUGCACGCUUCUGCUGAGCAAGCUCAAGUUUCACGCGCGAAACCCGCGCUUUCCCGGCAAUAUGCAACUCACGGUUGAGGAGUUGGACGCCAUUGCUGAGAAUGAUGUUAAUAACUAUUUCCAGCUAUGUGUUGAACUGUUCGACUACAUGGAUGAUAUCCUGAAUUUACAAUCAGCAGUAUUCGACAGUCUCGGCAACGCAAGAGCGAACUCAAUGACAGCGAGUGGGCAGUGCCGGUUAGCUGCCCUAAUCCCUUGCGCCCAGGACUCGUCUCACAUCUACGAUUGUAACGUGCGGCUUCUGUUCCGGCUACACGCCUCUUUACCCGCCGAUACAUUAAGUGGACAUAGAGAGAGGUUCCGUCAACAGUUCAAAAAGCUGAGUUCGUUCUACAAACACGCAAGCAGUUUACAAUACUAUAGGAAUUUACUCACACUGCCAGUUCUACCGUCGAAUCCGCCUAAUUUCUUAUUACAGAGUGACUUCGGUACAUAUGUCGCACCAGUGGUGUCAAUACCGGAGCCGCCACCUGAUGAAGUAGACGCUAUUGGAUCUUUAAUUGACACUUCCGAAACAAUUAGCCAGGUAUCAACACCACCGCGUCACGACUCGCUAGAAACGCGCGCCACGCCCUCGCCCGCUCCAGACCCGCUGUUAGAGAGAGACCGUCUUAUUGACCAUCUGCAGACUGAACUUAAGAGAAUGCGGACAGAAGUCUCGCAAAUAGUACAAGAACGGAACACAAUGUUAAGCUCGAUGCGGGAACACUGCGCAAGAGUUGAAACACAACUGCAUGCCGCUAGGAACGAACUGGAGGAAGAAAAACAAAAGGCUGAUAUUUUGGCCGUUGAAGCGCCAGAAAUUAAAAAAAAGCUCAGUGAAACGGAAGAAAAAGCGAAAGUGACAGAUGAGAAGUUUCAAAAAUUAAAAGGUGCUUACACGCAACUACGUGAAGAACACAUCGCACUUAUUAGACAGAAAGCCGAAGUAGACAAGUUAACGUCCAGUUUACGUGCCGCCGCUGCGCAACACGAGAGUGCCAAGAUGAUGUUACAACAGCAGUUAAAUGAUCGAGUGAAGGAUGUGGAACUCCUCCAACAAAGCGCAUCGUCCAGUGAAGAAAUCGAAGCAUACAAAAUAGAAAUAUCGAAUCUCCGAACAGAUUUAGAACAAUCUAGACAAAAAGAAGUUGAAUUAGAAACAUUGCGAGCGUCCAUCGAAUCCUUACAAAUAGAUCAUAAAACUGCAACAACGGAACAAGAAGAGAAGAUAUCAAUAAUGGCGAGUGAACUUAAAGAAGCUUCGGAAAGUCUUGAUAGGUUAAAGAAAGAGAAAAUAGAAAGCGAAGCAGAAUUAGCCAAAGUGAAGGAAGAAUUACAAAGUAUCAAACAAAAGAGCGGAGAAGAUUACAAAAAGGUUGUACAAGAAAAAGAAGAGGCCCAGAAACAAAUAACAGAGCUCACAAUUAAAUAUCAACAGGAAAAAGAGGCUGAAACUCAUCGCACUAAUGCAUUGCAAACUGAAUUAGACAAUCUAAAAACGAAGCUCUCUGACUCAGAAUCGUCUUUACAAAAAGAAUGUUUUGAGCUUAACGAAUUAAUAAAAUCAAAAAAUUCCGAAUUCGAAGAGUGCCUCAAAGAAAAAGACCGAGAAAUACAAGAGGCAUUAGAAAAACUUACAUCAAUAAAUAUCGAGCUUGAGAAUUGUAAAUUACAAUAUGAAACGACAUUGCAAAACAAACAUUCUGAGACACAAGCUCUAGCAAACGAAUUGGAUGAAGUUAAAAAAACAAGCACGGAAUCUUUAAGGAAUCUAGAAUUUCAGUUAGAAUCUUUAAAAGCUCAACUCGAAGAAGAAACUUCGAAUAAAGUCAUGCUUCAAAAUACUCUAUCAGAUGAACAGUCAGAGAUAUUUAAUUUAAAAAACAAAAUUGAACAUUUAGAACAAUCAAAAAAUGAAGAAAUAAGUCGUUUAAAAGAAGAAUUUAAUGAAGUGGUCAUGGCGAAGACACAAGAAUAUAGUUUAUUGGCUGAAGAAAAAUCUAAACUUGUAGAAGAAAAUGAAAAACUUCUGAAUGAAUUAUCUUCUGAAAAGCAGGUUCUCCAACAAACAGUUGAUCAACUGCAGGAGGAAAGGGAUGAACUUAAUAAAAAAUUAGAAAUAACUCAAAGUGAGAAGGUUGAAAUCGAACAGAGCCUUAAACAAGAAAUUAAUAACCUUAAAAUAGAAACCAAUCAAAUCAAACUCGAAAGUGAUAAUGACCUUGGUAUUUUAAAGGAAAAAUAUCAAAAUUCGCAACAAGAUUUCAAUAAUCAAUUAGCAGUCAAAGAUAGCGACAUUGAGCAUUUAAACACAGAAGUAGAAAUUCUUAAAUCAAAUUUAAGCGAGCUUGAAAAAAUUAAAAAUGACCAAAAGAUAUCUUUUGAAAGAAUCGUCGAUGAUAAAAAUAAUGAUAUACAGCUUAUGGAAGCUAGGUUGAUGCAUACAGAGCAGGGGAGACUGAACGCAGAGUGUGAAUUACAGGAUCUAUUGCAACAAAACACUGUGCUAGAAGCGGAUAUGGCGUCGUUAAAAAUUCAAUUGGAAGAGGCCCAUAGGGAAAUAAAGAAACAGAACUCUAAAAUAGUAAGUUGUGCCGGAGAAGCGGCAUUAGAAGUAACGAAUACUGCCAUUUCGACGUUAGAACAUUCCAACGCACAAGAUGCGAAUAAAUUAGCUGCCGAACUCGCUUCUAAGGCUUUCGAAGAACUUGCUAGAAAGUCACAGUUGGAAGGAAAUGAAGAAGCAGUUGCCAAGUCAGCCAUCUUUGCUGCUCACAACGCCGCUCAACUGUCUUCGUAUGCGUCAGAAGUGUCCAACUUGUCCACCGAUUUGGAAUUAAUAGAAAAAUUAAACAACGACUGUCGAAGUAUGCUAACAGCGACGAAGCAGUGCCUGGAAUCACUGAAGAGCGGUGCAAUAGACCGCAGCGUGUGUCUCGAAGCCCGGACAAGUGUACAGACUGUAUCUCGUAAUGCAACUGCAGCAGACCGACUUGUUACCGGCACCAGGAGUGUGGACGAUGAACUAGCGGAAAUGGACUUGGCGAUUGAACAGGCGGCUUCUCAGAUUGAGAAUCUGCUAGCAGCCAGCAAAGCAGGCGACUCCGGAGUACAACUAGAAGUGAACAGCAAGAUCCUGGACGCUUGCACCACGCUCAUGGGCGCCGUGAAGGUGCUGGUCCAGGACGCGAGGAAGCUGCAGAACGAAUUAGGAGAUCCGAAGACAAGGCAGAAGAUGUACCGCCGCAACCCGCAGUGGUCCGAAGGGCUUAUAUCCGCUGCGAAGUCGGUCGUCUUCGCGGCUAAGUUAUUAGUUACAAGUGCAGACGAAGCAGUAUCGUCCGCGGGCGGCAAAGUAGAAGGCGUGAGUGCAGCAGCACACGAAGUGGCCGGCAGCACGGCACAGCUUGUCGCAGCAUCACGCGCUAGAGCUCCUCCUAGUGCACCAGCUUUAACACGGCUCACGGCUGCUUCGAGACAUGUGGCAGCUGCUACUGGCGCGUUAGUAGCAGCUGUGAGGUCUGCGUCCGCGCUUGUGAGGGAUAAGGAGGCACUAGACACAUCAGCGCUCACACUCACAGCAACGAGACGCCUUGAGAUGGAGAGCAAAGUGCGCGCGCUUGAGUUGGAGAGUGCGCUCGAUGCGGAACGUGCGCGACUCGCCGCGUUGCGCAAGCGACACUACCACCUUGCGCACCUUGAAGAGAAUGGAAAUAUCGAAAAUGGAAAAGAGUGAAGAACACAAGACAAUAAAAAAAAGAAACCAGCACUCACGCAUUAUUUCUACAACAAUCACUGAGCAUUUUUGAAGACAAAACAUUCUGUAUUUGCAUUUACAUUUUUUUUAUCAAAUAUAUCAAAUUUGUACCUUUGAACCCGUAUUCCACUAAUGUAUGUGCUUCUAAUUAGAAUGUUUAGCAAAAGAUAUCCAUGACGUAUAGACAAAAACGAAACACUUAAAAUACAUUAAGUUAAGAUAAUCAUGUAAAAAUGAAAACAUUUAAAACAAAAUGAAAUUUGUUUAUACAGUACAUAACCAUUUCAGAACGCCAUUAGGUGGAAACUUAAGCUUUAAGAUAACCUUAUAUUACAACUUAUAUUGUAUUUUUACAUACAUAUAAUUUUUGUAUUAUUUUUAUUAUUUACUAUAAAAUAUAUAACUGUUACAUAUUUCUUUAUUUUUAGAUUAGGACCAUAUUCACUUUGUCUAUUCAGCAUAUAAUUUACCAUGAGUGAUUUUAGACAGGCUAUAAUUUAGAUUAAGUGUAUCAUUUGUAACUGAAUUGUACUAAUAAAAUAUGUCUACAACAAAA